AUGAUUCGCCCUAAUUGUACGGCCCUUCGUGGGGCCUUGCGCAGUGCUCAGUUUCGUCCAUCCGCCCUCUCCCACCACGGGUUGUUCGCUGCCUCGGUCCGGUGCUAUGCGAACGAGAAACAGCAGCAGUCUUUCAAGAGUCAGCUCUAUGAGAGCACCCAACAGCGACUGAAGCGCGAGCGCGCGGAGCAGGAGCGCUUCUCAGAAUAUCAGAAUCAAUCCUCGGGCGGCCGCUAUGCGGCGAUGAUGUUCGCCCUGGUAUUCUUUUCAACCGGCGCAUACUACCUAGGAUCUCUAAAACCGGCAGCUCUGCCCGUGUCUUCCACUUCCGCACUCCUCGACCUCGAGCCACCGAAGCACAAUGUCUCUCAGUCCAAUCUACAGGCGGCAUGGUCCGACUUUGUCGAUAUUCUGGGCAAAGAGAACGUAUCGACCUCCGUGGGAGAUUUGGAAAUGCAUGCUGGGUCUGAUUGGUCCUCCUACUCUCGCAAGGAGGACGAGAAGCCCUUCUUGAUUCUCUAUCCCGCAACCACGGAGGAAGUGUCUCAGAUCAUGAAAAUAUGCCAUCAGCGAGUGAUCCCAGUCACCCCAUACUCUGGCGGCACCAGUCUGGAGGGCCAUUUUGCAUCGACACGAGGUGGAGUGUGCAUUGAUUUCCGCCGCAUGAACCGGAUCCUGAAUCUCCAUAAACGGGAUCUUGACGUGGUUGUGCAGCCCGCGGUCGGAUGGGAGGAUCUCAAUGAAGAGCUCGCCAAGGAUGGGCUGUUCUUUCCCCCUGACCCAGGCCCCGGUGCCAUGAUUGGUGGUAUGGUUGGUACUGGAUGUUCGGGAACCAAUGCGUAUCGAUAUGGUACGAUGAGGGAGUGGGUUCUGUCGUUGACCGUGGUUCUUGCGGACGGAACGGUCAUCAAGACCCGGCAACGCCCGCGCAAGUCCAGUGCGGGCUAUGACCUGACCAAAUUGUUCAUAGGCAGUGAAGGCACCCUCGGCCUGGUGACUGAAGCUACUCUUAAGCUUACAGUGAAGCCUCAAAGCCAGAGCGUGGCUGUCGCCAGCUUCCCCAACAUUCAUAAUGCCGCCGAGUGCGUUACGCAUGUUGUGGAGGCUGGUAUUCCCGUGGCAGGAGUGGAAAUCCUCGACGAUGUGCAGAUGAAGUGUAUCAACGCCAGUGGAUCAACGAGCCGCGAAUGGAAAGAAUCCCCGACCAUUUUCUUCCGGUUCACCGGCACCCCUGCGGCCGUCAAGGAGCAGAUAAGCAUGGUCCAAAAGCUUGCCUCUAAAGCCUCCAGCAGGUCCUUCGAGUUUGCUCGUGGCGAGGAGGAGAUGCAGGAACUGUGGAGCGCCCGGAAAUCUGCUCUAUGGAGUGUGAUGGCGAUGCGGCGAAACCCAGAGGAUCGUGUUUGGACCACAGAUGUUGCUGUUCCGAUGAGCAGACUGCCCGACAUCAUUGAGGCCACGAAGGAGGACGUGACUAAGAGCGGGCUCUUGGCUGGCAUGUGUGGGCAUGUUGGAGAUGGCAACUUCCAUGCGAUUAUUCUAUUCAGUGACAAGGAGAAAGAAGUGGCCGAAGGCGUAGUUCACAGGAUGGUCAAGCGGGCCGUGGAGAUGGAAGGCACUGUGACCGGUGAACAUGGCGUUGGUCUUGUCAAGCGGGAUUAUCUGGCCCAUGAAUUGGGAGAGUCUACAGUGGAUGCCAUGCGUCGCCUGAAAUUAGCUUUUGAUCCCUUGCGCCUGCUCAACUGCGAUAAAGUCGUACGGACAGAGCAGCCGAAGCCCGGCGAGAUGAAGGAAUGGUAG